CUCUGGGUAUGCGAUCGAUGUUUCAAAUACACGAAAAACGCAGCAAGCCACGAACUUCACGCCAAAACAUGCCAGUCAACACAUCCUCCUGGCCGAAAAGUGUACCAAAAAGGAGCGCUUACUAUCUGGGAAGUGGAUGGUGCACUUUCCAAGCUGUUUUGUCAGAACCUGUCUUUAUUUGGAAAACUGUUCAUUGAUGUGAAGGAGAUCUAUUUCGACGUUGAGCCAUUCAUGUUCUACCUGCUGACGGACGGGGACCCCAGGCGAGAUCACGUAUUAGGUUUUUUCUCCAAAGAGAAGAUCUCGUAUGACAAUAAUAAUCUUGCUUGUAUCAUUACAUUUCCCCCGUAUCAGAAACGCGGCUAUGGCAUGCUUAUGAUCGAGUUCAGUUAUGAGCUCUCUAGACGUGACGGCGUUUUUGGCAGUCCCGAACGACCUUUGUCAGAAUCCGGUGUUCGGACUUACCUUGCAUUUUGGAUUUCCAUGCUUGUGCGGCAUUUGCGAUCGGCAUUCAAAGUGCAUGGCUCUCCAACAAGGAGCGCGAACGUCUCGCGAAAAUGGAAGAAUACAAAGGGUUGGGAUGGCGAGCUUCCCCUCACCCGAGCCAGAGCUGGCGCACUCCAGAACGGCACACAUCCAGAAGAUCCUUUUGCAGGCAAACGUGUAAUCAACGGUAUCGAUGUCUCAGUGAAGAUGACAUUGCAAGAUCUUGCCCAGGCCACGUACAUACGACCGGAAGACAUUGCUAUGGCCCUGAACGAAUGCGGUCUGCUGAAAAGACGUCGUACGAUGGGGAUGGACAGUCACCCCGAAAUAAUUAUUUGCCAACGAGAUCUAGAAAGAGUGGCAGAAGCAUAUCAUGUAAAGCCCCAGUUUUUACAUCCCGAUCAUGUCAUGCUAUGA